AUGGCCGCUCGAACUCUGCGCUGGCUUCACCUCACGCUGUUACGUUUGUGUGAAAGGCAAGCUGAAUUUGGAAGUAAGCUUUCAUUUCUCUUGUGUCGAGGGCAUGACCCUGCUCUUUGUUUGGCACACAACACAACGUUCAUAACCCACUUGGCACCCAUAUGGCUGCCCGACAAAAGAAAGAUUCAUAGCAUACGUCCACAGGAGACAGACCUAUACAGUCCCGGAGGAGACAAACCUAUACAGAACCGGAGGAGACAGACUUAUACAGACCCGGAUGAGACAGACCUGGAGGAGACAGAUCUAUACACCUACAGUGGACAACGUUCUGCAUUAAUCCAUGCAUGUUUUACUGCGGUUUGGACGUCCGUCGGCACACAGAAACUCAUGUGGUACCCGAGGAGCAGGUCGGGAUCUCCUCAUUGUUUUCUUCUCCUCAUGUGGGUUCAGCUCAUCGCUCGAGUCAGAUCCAUUGAUCCGGAUCAUGCUGGUGUCUGUCCUAAUCACGUGAACGCAAACUUGUGGGUGGACGCUCAGAGCACCUGUGAGAGAGAAUGUCAAACAGACCAGGACUGUUCCGCACAUGAGAAGUGUUGCAUUAACGUGUGUGGCCUGCUGAGCUGCGUGGCGGCCCGCUUCUCUGACGGCUCCUCUGCUGAUGGCCAAUCAGGUGGGGGUUUGCUCUUUGGGGGCGAGGUCAAUUGCGAUGAGUUUGUAUGCAGCCAGCAAGGGGCGGUGUGCGACGUGUGGGAAGGACAGCUGAUAUGCAAAUGUCAGGAUCGCUGUGAGAAUGAGCCAAGCUUUACGUGCGCCUCAGAUGGGCUCACUUAUUUCAAUCGUUGCUACAUGGAUGCAGAGGCCUGCAUUCAGGGUGUCACCCUCACAGAGGUCACGUGCCGUUACCAUCUGUCCGGUCCAAACGCCAGCCCCCUGCCGCAAGACACCACCGCACAUCCAACACCCACCGCAUCCCACGUAGACUCCUUUCCACCAACUCUCUACUCCAACCCACAGCACCAAAGCAUUUACCUAGGAGGAACGGCGAGUUUUCACUGCGAUGUUAUCGGCCACCCAAAACCCGACAUCACUUGGGAGAAGCAAUCUGAAGUAGAAAGAAUCACCAUGCGCCCUGACCAGAUGUACGAGAAUGUUGUGAUAACCAACAUCGGUCAGCUGGUGGUGUAUAAUGCCCAGAUCUGGGACGCUGGAAUAUACACCUGCAUCGCACGCAACAGCGCAGGAACGCUGCGGGCCAAUUAUCCGCUUUCUGUCGUAAAACGAAACGAUGAUGAUUUUUUUGACGAGCCAGGGGUGAGUUUGCCGAUCGGACGGCCGUUCUCUCCAUCUGACUGCAUGGCGGCUGUGGAGCGAGGCGAAUGUGGUGAGAAACGUGUGGACUGGUUCUACGACACAGCGCAGGGUUCCUGCCAAACGUUCACACACGGAGGCUGUGAGGGUGGCCGCAACCGCUUCGAGACCUACGAGGAGUGCCGUGCUUCGUGUCAGCGCCAGGGGCUAGAAGUGUGCUCGUUGCCGGCCGUGCAGGGACCCUGUAAGCACUGGGAAGUGCGCUGGACCUACAACUGCCUUACGGAGCAGUGCCAGGCUUUUGUAUACGGCGGUUGCCAUGGCAACAGGAAUAACUUCCACACCCGUAAAGAAUGCGAAACAAGCUGCCCGCUGUCGAGCGACCGUCCGUGCAGGAGCUGCCGGACGAGAGGAAAGAUUGUGGAAAGUCUGUGCCGCAGCGACUUUGCCAUCGUAGGCCGGCUCACCGAACUCGUUGAGGACCUGGACUCAGGAAUCGCUCGCUUUUAUCUUGAGCAGGUCUUACGUGACGAGAAGAUGGGCCUGCGGCUCUUUAAGACGCAAAACCUGGAGGUGAUGCUCACGCAAAUGGACUGGAGCUGCCCCUGCCCCAACAUCACCCAGCACCAAGCGCUCCCACUGCUGGUGAUGGGUGAGGUGCAGGACGGCGUGGCAGUAAUUCUUCCCCACAGUUACGUCAGACCCAUUUCUGAUCGACGACUGAAAAAAAUACACGAGGUGCUGGCCAAGAAAACGUGUGAGAUGCUACAAAGAUUCAAAGAAUAAGACUUACAUGAACUCUUGAAAUCAAUGGGUUAAAUAUUCAUUAUGAGUAAUGUUUGUAUUAUUGUAAUAUUACUCAGGUUGCCCUUCCGAGGUGGAAAAAAAUUAAUUGUAAUUUUACUUCGUUUACACUGUGCAGCGUUUAUUCGUUACUGUAUUUUAAUUCAUUACAAAAUUUGUAUUUUAUUUUUAAAUUGCUGUUUCGUGCUUCUGGGGCAUUCACGAACUAAGGACUCGUUUGAGUCGAUUCUUUACAGAGCAAAUGAAUUAGUUUGCAAAUCAGUUUGAAUUAAUUGUUCAGACUGCUGCAAAAACUGAAUCGUCUGAUGCUGUUUAACACGCAGAACAUAAACAGUGUUGGGUGACGUGGAUAUGAAUUUACCAAUUUUAAACUAAAAGCAAAACUUCACAUAUGUACCCGCCAUUAUAUACGCGUGACCUGUUCGUCGUCAAACACAGUUAAACACGCGCAACCUCGACGUUUGAUUCGCUGUAUACUGGACUCUAUGAUGUAAGUGCUUCUCACAACACACACGUGACAUGAGAUUCACAAGAUAAGAAAACAUGAGUUUUGUCUAAAAUCAGUUUAAGUGUAAACUGUCGA